AUGCUUCCACCAAAUAAAAGUGAUCCCGAGAUCGAGAGAGUCGAUCAUGUUGAAAAACAAGAUGCGGACCCAAAGCCCACUCUGGAACAGAAGAAUGUCGGAACCUUGCAACGUCGCCUGAAAUCGCGCCAUGUACAAUUUCUAGCCCUCUCUGGGGCUAUUGGGACAGGCCUUUUUGUCGGCACGGGACAAGUGCUGUCGCUGUCAGGACCACUGUCGAUGACCCUGGCGUUUGCCAUUAGCGGCUUGGAUCUCUAUGCCGUGAUUAAUAGCAUGGGAGAGAUGGCGACUUGGCUGCCUCUACCAGGUGCUGUUCCUGUCUACGCAGCGAGAUUCGUGGAUGAAGCCUUGGGCUUUGCACUUGGGUGGAACUAUUGGUAUCAGUUUGCCAUUGGCGUGCCCAUUGAAAUCAGCGCGGCGGCGAUGGCCAUUGAAUACUGGCCUAAUACCGUGUCGCCUGCGGUCUGGAUCACGAUUCUUUUCGUACCUAUGAUCGUGGUUAAUAGCCUGCCAGUCCGAACUUACGGCGAGGUAGAGUUCGUCCUGGGCGCGAUCAAGCUGACGACGAUUGUAGGCUUGAUGUUACUCAUGUUGAUCAUCACUCUCGGCGGCGCACCCACCCACGAUCGGAUCGGAUUUCGGUACUGGAAACAUCCCAUGGAGGAGUAUCUUAAAACCGGUGCGCUGGGACGGUUCCUCGCCUUCCUCAAGGUGUUUGUCCAAGCGAUCUUCAGCUAUGGUGGUAGCGAGAUCGUCGUGGUGGCCGCGGGGGAAACGGAGAAUCCGCGACGAAAUAUCCCCAAGGCUGUGCGUCGCGUGUUCUGGCGCAUCACGAUAUUCUACGUUGGCAGUGUCUUUCUCGUUGGAAUGUGUGUCUCUGCGCGCGACAACCGCUUAUUGAAUGCCAUCAAAGCCGGGGCGAAGGAUGCAGGAGCCAGCCCUUUCGUGAUCGCGAUUCAAAACGGUGGGAUUCGAGCACUGCCCUCCAUCAUCAAUGCGGUGAUUCUGUCCUCAGCUGUGUCGGCCGGCAAUUCCUUUUUUUAUGCAUCGACGCGGGUGCUUUACUCGACGGCUCUCGAUGGCAAGGCACCGCGCUUUCUUCGAUAUGAGAAAUUCGGCGUUCCGUAUGCCUGUGUGGCGAUCACCACAGCGCUGAGUCUCCUCGUGUAUCUCAAUGUGUCAUCGAGCUCCGCCGAGGUCUUCUUUUGGAUCAGUAACCUGAGUUCCGUCAGUACGUUGGUUGUGUGGACUGCCAUUGGGAUUACUUACCUCCGAUUUCACCAGGCGUUGAAGUAUCAUGGUAUUCCUCGGUCAAGCCUUCCAUUCAAAUCGCCAUUCCAACCGUAUUUAGCAUGGUUUGCCGUUAUAUUUUCUGCUAUCAUGGCUCUUUUGAACGGAUUCGACGCCUUCUUCCCCGGCCACUUUAGUGCAAAAACCUUCAUUCCACCCUACAUCGCCAUCCCCAUCUUUGGAACCUUGUAUCUCGGAUACAAGUUCGUCAAAGGCACCUCAAUUAUCAAAAUAGAAGAAAUCGAUCUCUGGUCAGGAAAAGAGGAAGCCGACCGUCUGGAAGCUAUCUGGGAGCAGCCGAAACCACGCAAUUUCCUAGAAAGAAUCUGGUUCUGGAUCGCAUGA